AAUAUUUAACUAGUAUAGUUAUAGUUUAUUAUUAGUUAGUUGAAUAGGCUGUUAGCUUGAUCUGCCACCUUGAACUUGGUAAUAGUUAGAACACAUUACCCGCACUAACUUUACCUUUUUAAGACUGCCACAUACAGCACAGUUAGUUAUCUAUCUUCAAAGGCAGUUGAGACUGAGAGGAUCUUGACUCUGUUGAGUGAAGGAACUUAUAUUGUUUGUUGAAGCUGAAAGUUGAAAGUGAUUAUUUUAUUUAUGCCAUGCCAGGCCCUGGUCCUCACAUGAUGUAUGCCAUGGGCUCAGGCUUGUGUCUAACCACCGUCAGUAACGGCAGGUUUAGUCCACACCAUACACUCAUCUACACCAUCAACUCUUUCUUUGGACCUGAUAUUGGUUCUUUCUCUCAGUGGCUUGUCUCUCUUUUUGGUGGUCAUACUGUAGCCUCUACUUUUGCUGAUUACAUUCACCAUCCUUUCUACUACAUCAUUAUCUUGGGAUAUCCUCUAUGUCUUCUUUACUCUAGGAUUUCCUCUUUUCUUCUUCAUAAACACUUUCUAGAUUCUUCUUUCUCCAAGGUGCCACUUACUAAGAUGCAAUGUUUGUUCUUGAUAUCUGCUGGCUCUUUGACUCACUUCUUUCUUGAUCAUCUGUUUGAGGAGAAUGGGAAAACGACCAUGUACACUUGGAUUUUGAGUACUGGUUGGUGGCAAGGAAGAGCACCAGUUAACCCGGAUGCUGUUGUUGUAGUCGGCUUCUUGUGUGUUUGCUUAAUUGGUGGAUUCUUUUACCUCAACAGAGCGAGUUCCUCAGACUCGAUAAAGAAAAAAUCAUAUCAGUCAAUGCUACUUAUGGUAUCCAUAGCUUCUUUAUACUGCUUGUGGUGUGCAAUUCAGAUAUACGUGAUCAGUCUGCGCCGUCCAGCAAUUGGAGAAGAGGCUGAUCUUGGCGUUAUCAUUUUUUUCGCUUUCUAUUUCUUUCUACCUUAUUGUUUGUGUAUAACGUCCAUGCACCCAAAAGAUCUUGAUUCUAAUCAAAUUCCACGUUAACGGUGUUUACUUUGACAUAUAUGUACUGCUUUUGCCAGUCCAAUCUGGUUGCUAGGUUAGCUAGAAUCUCGCCGCCGGUCACCUGUAUAACUCACCAGGCAUAUGUGAUGUUAAACACGAAUUUAACUAAAAUUGGAGCUCAACUCUUCCAAAUCAUACAUGUAUAAAUGUACCAUGCUCUGUAAUUUGAGGCAAAGUUAUUGAAUGUAGAAGUUUGACAUUUGAUUUCUAUCAUA